AUGUCUGCGUUCAACAAAAUCACCCUCCCUGAAGAUUUCCGUCCUGACUUGGUAGCGAUAGCGAGACAAGUUCGUAAGCCAGAGCAGUGCGUCGUUCAAGGAGACUUCGAAGCCACCAUGUUUCGACUAGCCGUGCACGACGACACAGGCCAGUUACCCACGGACGGCGCAACAAGUGUCGUUGUCGUCGACGUCAGCAACGUCAUCAAACAAAUCCGGUACAACGUCCAUCGUAUCCGAGAAAACAUUCUAGCCCGAUUCCCAUAUGGCACCGGGGGAGCCACAACAGCCCUUGUCACCUUGCUGGAGGAUAUCAGCAAUCGCAACAAGGACGCUCUGGACGGUAACAUGUGGGGCCGAGCCACAUUUCACGGCGAAGAGGAAGACCAUCGCAACUUGUACCAUCAGCUUAUCGGAUCUGAGAAAAGGCCAGAUGAGGCUCCUGUUCUUCAUUCUCGAUGUCCUUGA